CAUAAAUAACAGCAGGAGUGAUCUAACCCUAUACAGCCCAUCUUCUACGUGCAAAAACAGCGUGCAGAGGACGGCCACAUCUCCGAUUGAAAACAAGUGGAUCUCUGUGGAUAAGAUCAUCGGGCAGCCAUGGAAGAACUUACGGCUUUUGUAUCCAAAUCUUUUGACCAGAAAAGCAAAGAGAGCAGCAGCGGCAGUGGCAGCAGCAACAAGAAGGAGACGAUCACGUACAGGGAAGUUUUGGAGAGUGGGUUGGCUCGCUCUAGGGAGCUUGGAAACUCUGACUCUAACCUACAGGACAUGACCGAAAGCACCAACCAUUGCCCGGUGCAUCUUUUCAAAGACCACGUAGAGAGCGACAAGGACAAACUGAAAGAGUUCAACACGGGCAGGACGGCGGAAGGGAUCUACGAGUGCAAAGAGAAGAGGGAAGAUGUGAAGUCAGAAGAUGAAGAUGGACAGACCAAGCUUAAACAAAGGAGAAGCAGAACCAAUUUCACACUAGAGCAGCUGAAUGAGCUGGAAAGACUUUUUGAUGAGACUCACUAUCCGGAUGCCUUCAUGAGGGAGGAACUAAGCCAGAGGCUGGGUUUGUCUGAAGCUAGGGUUCAGGUAUGGUUCCAGAACAGGAGAGCAAAGUGCCGAAAGCAGGAAAACCAGAUGCACAAAGGUGUGAUCCUGGGAACCGCCAGCCAUUUAGACGCCUGCAGAGUAGCCCCUUAUGUGAAUAUGGGAGCCCUGAGGAUGCCUUUCCAACAGGUCCAGGCGCAGCUGCAGCUGGAGGGCGUGGCCCACGCGCACCCGCACCUGCACCCGCACCUGGCGGCCCACGCGCCCUACCUGAUGUUCCCGCCGCCGCCCUUCGGGCUGCCCAUCGCCUCCCUGGCCGAGUCCGCCUCCGCCGCCGCCGUGGUGGCCGCUGCCGCCAAGAGCAACAGCAAGAACUCCAGCAUCGCCGACCUGAGGCUGAAGGCCCGCAAGCACGCCGAGGCCCUGGGGCUCUGACACGC